CGAUUGUUCGAAGAGCUCUCUCUUUCCAACAACCAAAUUACGCGGUCCAAGCUCCCUCAAUAAAAUCCCCCAUUCCGCUCAUUACCAUCUCAAUUUCCGUUCUUUCGUACAAUCAUGCCCGCCACCGAUUGUCAGGGAUCAUCGCCGGCGCCUUUCUGCAAUCUCAACCGUCCCGUUGUUAGUAUCCGCCGUGAUCAAGCCAUACAUUCCAUGGAUGCCGACAACGUCUCCGGUUCCGAGCUCGAGGUCGACUUAGAGGCUUUCCAGCGGAAGAUUUCGGACCGUUUCAUGGAGUUGUCGUCCGGUUCGGACGAGUUGCUCUCGCUUGCCUGGAUUCAGAAGCUUCUGGAUUUGUUCCUCGUUUCGCAAGAUGAGUUUCGUGUUGCUUUGUUUAAUAAUCAGUCGCAGCUUCAGAAGGCGCCGAUGGAUCGGCUUAUUGCGGAGUAUUAUGAACGGAGCGUGAAGGCGCUUGAUGUUUGUAAUGCUAUUCGGGAUGGGAUUGAGCAGAUCAGACAGUGGCAGAAGCUUAUUGAAAUCGUUCUUAUUGCUUUGGAUGAUCGGAGAAUGUUGUGUGAAGGACAUGUUCGGCGAGCUAAGAAGGCUGUGAUUGAUUUGGCUGUUAGUAUGCUUGAUGAGAAAGAUUCCGGCUCUGCUUUGGCCCAUAGGAACCGGUCUUUUGGAAGGAAUAACAUGAAGGAUCGAACCUUGGCGCAUUUUCGAUCGUUGUCGUGGAGUGUUUCGAGGUCUUGGUCGGCUGCCCGGCAGUUGCAGGCGAUUGGGAAUAAUUUGUAUGCUCCAAGGGGUAAUGACAUUAUGUCUACAAAUGGGCUUGCUGUGUUGGUGUUCACCAUGAGUUCUGUGUUGUUGUUUGUAAUGUGGGCGCUUGUGGCGGCUAUUCCCUGUCAGGAUCGUGGUUUGCAAGUGCAUUUUCCGUUGUCCAGGCAGUUUAUUUGGGUGGGGCCGAUGACGGUAUUGCACGAGAAGAUUUUGGAGGAGUCGAAGAAACGAGACAGGAGAAAUGCUUGUGGAUUGAUGAAGGAGAUUCAUCAGAUUGAGAAAAGCACGAGGUUGAUGAAUGAGCUGUUGGACUCUAUUCAGUAUCCACUGACUGAGGAGAAGGAGAACGAGGUGAGAGAAAGUGUGCAAGAAUUGUCAACGGUUUUUGAAACAAUAAAGGAGGGAUUGGACCCGUUGGAAAGACAAGUGAGAGAGGUGUUCCAUAAGAUCGUGCGCAGCCGAACCGAAGGGCUUGAUUGCUUGGGAAGGACGCACGGUCCUGAAUAGUUUCUAUUUGAAAAUCUGAUUAUAGGUGUCAAAUGUGAAAAUUGCAAAUGGGUUUGUGGUAUCUCGGCUUUUUUGUGAAUGUCUGGAAGAUGAAGGUAGACUGUUUGAGGAUGGCGCUGGAAAUAAACGGGGUAAAUUUCUUCAUUCUGCUCAUGAAGACUCCUUUGUCAUUGCUUCUAGCUCUUCUGCUACAGCAAGGUAUUUCAUCUGUGCUCAACAGGUAUGGAUCCUAAAUUCUUCACUGUUAAUUUUGUGCCUCAAGUUCACACAAAUUCAUGUCUUUAUCUCGGAUGGUUAAAAGGGUCCCUUACUCUCUGCUGUCCCAUCCCUGACAUCAAGCAGUGGCACAGUUGGUGGCACGUAACAUCCCCACCCGGUCAAUUUGAAUUCUGGUCAUAUCUACCGAAGGAGUUGGAGAUGCUAGCCAGAGCAGCGGUCCUCACCAUAAUACCUUGUUAGCUGGCAAAGCUUGUAAGCUUUUAUUAUUCACAAGUAGUCUUCUUUUCUUAUCUGGUUGGAGUUGAACAGCUCAAAUACUGUCUCAAGAUUGAAUAUCUAUAUUUUUGCUAACUGUUAUUGAGCUUUUAAUUAUAUGAAGAUGACUUGCAUUGCC